AUGACUCCCAUCACUUCUCUUUCUUUCGACAGCAGCAGCCUUCCGGCUGUCGCUGCAUUUGCCGCCGUCUUGGCCUUGGUAGUCAAACUUCUCAAGAAAGCCAUCUCGGCCGAGAAGAGUGCGGCCGGGCGAAACUCUUUCACCACGACAACUCGAGCACUGCCAGCCUCUUGGUAUUGUUCCCAAGAGAUCUACGAGCUUGAGAGAAGAGCCAUCUUCUCCAAGAAAUGGAUUCUGGUGACACAUAGGCUCCGGUUCCCAGAAAGCGGAUCGUGGAUACGAUAUGAAGAAGCUGGCUUUCAGUUCUUCCUCGUCAAGAAUAAGGAUGGCAAUAUCAACGGGUUCCACAACAUUUGUCGACACAGGGCGUUUCCCAUUGUCACCAAAGAACAAGGCCAGUCUAGUGUGCUCUCGUGCAAAUACCACGGGUGGUCGUAUGGCCUGAACGGCCAGCUCGCCAAGGCACCCGGAUAUCUCGACAUGAAAGGGUUCGACAAGGCCAAUAAUGGCCUCUUUCCUAUUCAUGUCCAUGAAGAUGCGAAAGGUUUCAUCUGGGUGAACCUGGACGCCUCUAAGAAGCCCGAGGCCUGGUCUCAGGAUUUCAACAAGAUUGACCAGAUGUGGCGACAUGAGUCCUUCAACUUUGAGGACUAUCACUUUGACCAUACCUGGGGGAUGAGCGGCGACUACAACUGGAAGACUUUGGCCGACAACUACAACGAGUGCUACCAUUGCAAGACGGCUCAUCCCGAUGCUGGUUCGGUUGCGGAUCUUUCGGCCUACAAGGUUGAGCCCAAGGGUGGAAACAUUGAGCAUUUUGCCAAUACCACGACAAAGCAGGAAGAGGAGGGCCUGAAAAUUGUCAGCAACUACUAUUUCCCCAACGCAUGCAUGACUGUGUCACCGCACUUCUUUUACAUGAUGAGAUGUGUUCCAACAUCAGCUAACCACUGCUCGAUGGAAUACGAAGUCUACCGACACAAGAACGCCAGUGAUGAUGACUUUAAGAAAAUCGACGAGAUGUUCAAGAGGAUUCUGAACGAAGAUAAGUGGCUGUGCAACAACGCCCAAAAGAAUCUCAACGCCGGUGUCUUCAUCAACGGAGAGAUGCAUCCCAAGAUGGAGCAGGGCCCUCUUUACUUCCAAAGCCAGGUAAGAAAGUUUUUGAAUCAGCACCACAAACUUGAGGAAGCGGCCAAGAAGGAGAUUCGGCCUGCUCAACAGGUCUUGAGUGGGGAUAAGGAUGUGACUGAGGUGGACAUGGGGUUCUGCUCUGGGGUGGCUUGUAGUAAGGACAAGGGAGCAUUGGAGUGGUAA